AUUAUGUCACCUUGUAUCAUAUGAUCACACUCAAUUUACUCUUGCCAAGAUAAUAAAGUUAAAUAAAUGAGUUAACGGACUCCAUUGUUACGCUCUCCAGUAAGGAACAAGUACGUAAUCUAAUCGGAAUAAACACAAUUAAGUGAAACAGUGUGGAUUAGAAUGGAAACUAAAAGCAUCUAUGUGCUCGGAAGGAGGGUGAUCGAUAUGUUCUACGGCAAAGGGUUCUCUGACGUUAAUAUCCAGUUCGAAACGGGACCCGCGAAAGGUGAAGGAAUUGUUGGUGAGAUAUUUCACGCCAUUAUCAGUGCAGUCAAUAAGGAUGGAGUCCCGCAGGAGUUUGAGACGGUCAUCAAGUGCGCCCCCACCAACAUAACCUUCCGCAAGACCAUGCCAGUAAGGAACUUCUUUCUAAGAGAAGCUUUGUAUUACAACAAAAUCGUCCCAAUAUACGAUAAUCUGCAGGAUCAAUUCGAGUUAUGUGUGCCGCAGGAAAUGAGAUGCUUUCUCCCUAAAUGUUAUGGAGUAUGUGACGACUUCAGACAGGAAAUGGUAAUCCUCGAAGACCUAACUAAGAAAGGAUUCAGUGUCGCACCGAUACAGAGCGUAGAUUAUGACCACGCUGUAAUUAUGCUCCAAACUGUGGCAAAGCUACACGCUUUGUCUUUCAUUUACGAACAACGCUAUCCGAAAAGAUUUAGAGAAAUGGCGAACCAAAUAAGUCGACACUUGUUUACUCCAUUACACGAUGAAGAAUUCAUUGCCACAUGUAUAAUCCAACACGGAGAAAAGACUAUGACACAAUUCAUAAGUGCCAUUGCAGACGAAUCAUUGCGGAAACGGUUUGAGACAGUCGCGGGAACAAAUUCGUUUAACAAACAUAUUGAACUUGCAAAAGCUGGAAAAACUAUGGCUAUUCUACACGGUGAUAACUGGCAUAAUAACCACAUGUUUAAAUAUAAGAAAGGCAAGCCGAUAGAAGGACCCCAACAGACUUCCAGUGGUCAAGAUACGGCUCGAUAGCUCAAGAUUUCAUGUAUUUGUUCUUCUCCGAUUCCGGGGAUUUGCGAAGAAAUCAUUUCCACCAGCUGGUAGAUGUAUACUAUGCAGAACUCAAAGGCUUUCUGUCUCUCUGUGGGUAUGAUGUUAACAAGUUUUGUUCAUACGAACAAUUCAAAGAGGAACUUAAAAGUUUGUUUUUAAUAACCAUGGUCGUAUACAUGCUUGCUACACCUUUUUUCAAAGAUCCUGAGUUAACUCUUCCAGAAAGGCUUUCGUCCCCUGCAACGUACGCUGUGACUGAAGAAUACAAACAAACUGUAAACGACAUGGUCACUGACUGGGCAAAAUUGGAAUUUUAUUAAACUUUCAUUCGACUACCAUUUUUUUAAUGUAAA